AUGACUCGCAACGAAGAGACUCAGCUGACAGGCGGCGAGUAUAUCUGCGAAGAGCUCGCCCGCCGUGGGGUCGAACACGCAUUUGGCAUCGCCGGCGGUGCGGCCUUAGACAUCUUUGAUCCCCUGCACUCCCAUCCGCCCUUCACCUUCAUCCUAGCCCACCACGAGCAAGACGCCGGCCACAUGGCCGAGGGGUACGCCCGUGCCUCGGGGAAACCAGGCGUGGUGAUGGUGACCUCCGGGCCGGGGACCUCCAACCUGGCCACCCCGCUACUGGACGCGCUCCUUGACGGAGUGCCACUGAUUGCCAUCUGCGGGCAAGUGCCGACAGGCGUGCAGGGCACGGAUGCUUUCCAGGAGAUUGACAGUCUGGGAUUGGCAAAGACCUGCACGAAGUGGUGCGGGAUGCCGCAUGGUCCUGAAGAGCUACCGGAGUAUAUUGCCCGAGCGUUUGAGGAAGCCACCAGUGGAAGACCGGGGCCGGUCCUGCUGGCUAUUCCUAAGGAUGUGUCUGGCGCACAGUUCUGUCCCGAGCAGGUGCAGGAUGGCGACAGGACCGAUGACAAGUGCUCUUCUUCCGUUCCUGAACAGCCAGAAGAAGGGAAUCUAGACGAAGUCGCAAACUUGAUAAACAAGGCCAGCAAGCCGGUCAUCAUCGCAGGCCACGGGCUCCUUGGCUCUCAGCGUGGGCCGGAGCUGCUCAACCAACUCAUGGAUAGAAUUGCCAUUCCCGUGACGACCACCUUCCUAGGCCUAGGCGCCUUCGACGAACUCCAGCCCCUAGCACUAGGCAUGCUGGGCACGUACGGCACCGUACCCGCCGACCUAGCGGUGCAGAACGCCGACCUGGUCCUCGUGCUUGGAGCGCGCCUCGAUGAGCGGGCCGUCGGGAACGCCGACGGGUUUGCACCUGCUGCGCGGGACGCCGCGACCAAGGGAACCGGCGGGAUCGUGCAUUUCGAUAUCUCUUCCGAGCAGAUCGGGAAGGUUGUGGGUCCGACUGUCUCGGUGAAAGUCACGCCUGUGGAAGCAGAGGUGAGGGGUAAGUGGUUGGCGACGGUUCGGGACUGGAAGCAGCGUUUUCCGCUGGAGUAUCAGCCUCUUACGCCUGGGGAGAAGCAGGGGCUGCUGCCGCAGGAGGUGAUUAUGCAGUUGGAGGCAUGCACCCGCCACCGCAAGGAGGAGAUCCUGCUCACGACCGGAGUGGGGCAGCAUCAGAUGUGGACGGCGCGGUACUUUCGAUCCCGCGUGCCCAAAGCGGUGAUCGGCUCGGGGGGUCUGGGGACGAUGGGCUUCGGGUUGCCCGCUGCCGUUGGAGUGAAGCUGGCGCGGCCGAAGUGUACGGUGAUCGACGGGAUCCUGACGGCCGUGCAGCAUGGGGUCGAUGUGAAGGUAUUGCUGCUCCGGAAUGAGGAGCAAGGGAUGGUGCAGGAGUUGCAGCGGGGGAUGUUUGAGGGCCGGAUCACGCAGGUCGACCAACGUAAUCCGGAUUUCGUGCGGUUAGCGGAGAGUAUGGGGGCGAGGGCAAAGCGCUGUGAGCAUUGUGAGGAGUUGGAGGAUGGGAUUGACUGGUUGUUGGGGGGGAAGGGCGUGGCGUUGCUGGAGGUAGUGGUGCAGGGGAGGUUGCCUAUGGUGCCCAAGGUGGCGGUGGGGAAGGCGUUGCAUGGGAUUUUGGAUGGGUUGGAGGAGAAGGAGAAAUAGACGAGG